ACACAAUACACAGAUUACACAGGCUACAGCACCAUUUUAUAUCGAACAAGUCGUGAAUUCGUGAUUUACAGACGUUUGAAUUGUUGGUUUAUAAAUUAACUACAGCACAAAACAUGUCAGAAAAGGAGACUAAAAAAAAGGUAAUGUCCCAAAAAGAUUAUCUAAAAAGAUAUCUGUCAGGUGGAAAGAAGAAAAAAGAAAAAAUUAAAAUUCAAAAAAGAGUACAAAUUAUUGAUGAUAAUAUUGAUUGUGUUGAAAAUGAUUAUGAAACUUCCAUUGGAUUUGAUCCAGUUGAUGAAUUUGCACCUCAAAUAGUAGGUAUCAUUGAUGAGAGACCUGAAGACGUUAAAACAUUGGACACAUACAAAAAUAAAAAUCGGUGGAAACGAGUUGGUGGAGAUAGUGAUAUUGAAGAAGAUUCUACUAAAAUUGAUAUUGAUCAAGUCAAAAAUUAUGUUCAAAAAAUAAAUAAAUCUACUUUAAAUGAUCUAAUAAAAGAGAAAAAUGAAGAAUCAAUAGAAAAUGAUAUGCCGAUUAGACGUGACCGAAAAACUGGUAAGAAACGAGAUCUCAAAAAAGAAAGAGAAGAAGAAAAAAAGAAAGAAGAAAUAUUAAACGAGCAUAAAGCUAAAUAUGCUAUUUGGGGAAAAGGAGUAAAACAAGUUAAGGAUGCUCAAGAAAAAUACGAGUCUGAUCUACAUGAAAUGCAAAAACCAUUAGCGAGGUAUGCAGAUGAUCAAGAUCUGGAUGAUUUGUUGAAGUCCAAGAUCAGAGAUGGAGAUCCAAUGCUCGAAUAUAUCAGUAAAAAUAAAGGAUCGGGUGAAGAUUCUCCUGAUGGUGUGAGACAUGAAGUAAGAGAGUUUCGAGGUUUUUGUCCACCAAAUAGAUUUGGCAUACGUCCAGGAUUUGCAUGGGAUGGUGUAGAUAGAUCUAAUGGUUAUGAACAGAAAUGGUUACUGCAACUAAAUUCUCAGAAAGCUGUGGAGGAUGAAGCAUAUAAAUGGAGCUGUUCUGACAUGUGAAUAAAUAUGUAUAUAUUUAUAUAUCUGUAUUAUGAGUUACUAACUGUAAUUAUUACCCAUAAUAAUUUUAUGUUUAUGUUUACAAUUAAAUAAAAUUAUAUUUGGCUUCUAA